AUGUCUUUUGAAUAUCCUGAGAAGAAAGAGAACUCUCUUGACCAUGGCGAUGAUCUGUCGAGACCAGAGACUGGACGCCGCAAAUCAUCAAUGUCGAGACGAAAGAACAGUGCAUAUGAGGACCCUUUUGCACGGAAAGAGAGUGUAGAUGAGGGCGAGGUUCAAGAUGCAGAGAUUGACUAUCAGUCGAUGGAGUGGUGGCAAGCCGCCAUGAUCAUGAUCGCCGAAACGAUUUCGCUGGGUAUCCUCUCGCUGCCUUCGGUACUUGCCAGGAUUGGUCUCGCGCCUGGACUCCUUAUACUCGUUGGACUUGGUAUAAUCGCAACCUAUACUGGAUGGGUUGUAUCAUUUGCAGACGCAGGCGAGAUUCUAUUCAAGCCACUCAAGAUGGGCGCCAUCGGCCGCGAAUUCUUCGGCGCAGCACAAACGAUUUUCCUCAUCUUCACUAUGGCCAGCCACAUCUUGACCUGGACCAUCUGCCUCAACACAAUUACCGACAGUGCCACAUGCACAGUGGUGUGGGCAGUAAUCGGACUGGUUCUUUUCUGGCUUUUCGACUUGCCUAGAACUCUCAAGAAUGUGUCAUUCAUGUCAAUCGCAUCCUUCAUCUCCAUCUUUUCUGCUGUCAUGAUCAGUAUGAUUGCAAUUGGCAUUCAUAAACCUCGGGGUAAUACACCGCUGGCUGCAACAACUGUAUUGCCGUUCACAGAUGCCUUCGUUUCUGUCAGCAACAUUGUGUUUGCCUACGCUGGUCCAGAGAUGAAGAACCCUGCCAAAGACUGGACAAAAGCUCUGAUCUUUCUCCAGGUGUGGGAUAUCGGACUGUACAUCAUUGCCGCAACGGUCAUCUAUGUAUUCGCUGGUCCAGACGUCACUUCGCCUGCUCUCGGUUCCGCAGGUCCUAUCAUCAAGAAAGUUGCUUGGGGUAUUGCUAUCCCGACUAUCAUCAUCGCGGGAAUCAUCUACGGUCACGUCGCCGCCAAGUACAUCUUUGUGCGUUGCUUCAGAGGCACAGUCCACAUGAACAGGCGAACCAAAACCAGCACCCUCGCCUGGACAGGCAUCACCCUCACCAUCUGGGUAAUUGCCUGGAUCAUCGCGGAAUCUAUACCUAAUUUCAAUGACCUUUUAGGUUUAAUUAGUGCUCUGUUCGCAUCACACUUUACAUACACGUUGAGUGGCGUUUUUGGACUUUUCCUCAACCACGGACACUGGUUCGACAACUCGAAGCAGAUUGCACAGUUUUGUGCCAACUGGGUGGUUAUUGCUAUUGGAGCGACAGUAUGUGUGGCUGGCCUUUACAGUUCGGGUACGGCGAUCGCUGCUGAUGGUGGAAAUGGCUCGUGGACUUGUGCUAGUAAUGCUCAGUGA